AUGACCGAUUCGCAUUCAAAUGAGAUUGUACAUCUGAACGUAGGUGGGACCAGAUUUUCUACCUCAAGGCAGACUCUCACAUGGAACCCUGACACAUUUUUUACAAGUUUGUUGAGUGGAAGGAUCUCCUCGCACAAAGACGAGACCGGUGCAAUUUUUAUUGACAGAGAUCCCAAGUUGUUUGCCCUGAUAUUAAAUUACCUUCGGACAAAGGAGAUUCAGUGGAGAAAUGUGGAUUUAUCAGCUCUGAGACAUGAAGCUGAGUUCUAUGGAAUCAGUGCGUUGGUUGGUCGGCUCGCACUGUGUGAAGACUUGGAUCACUCUUCCUGUGGAGAUGUUUUGUUUCACGGAUAUUUCCAGCCUCCUACUCCCCCCUUACCAAGUUCGUCCAGCUUUCGCCAGUCAGUGGUCAGUGUGGAGAGUUCGGACCAUCGCCGACCAGUCAUGAGAAGGCAACAAGAAAACAGUGGAUCUAGUUCCCAGAGUCAUUCAAGAAAUUCAUCAGUGGAAGGUCGGGGAAUGCAAGUACAUCAUGUGUCACAGGAGCCCAGACCACAGAGCCACCUGGGUAUCCCUUCCGCAGAACAUCGGCUUGACAAACCUUCCUCCAGCAUUACCAGGAGAGCAGAAGUAGCACAGGUUCAAUGCACUUAUGUCGACCCCAUGAGAGUGACCAUGCUGCGAGGACACCAGAACUGGAUCUGUGCUGCCUACCCGCACUUUGUUUGUUGCUACAGAAUGAAGGAUUCCACCGGCUGGCACAUGCUGUGGAAGAGUCAACACAUGGACACCCAGGUGGAGAGGGUUGCUCUCAGUGCCAAAGUUAUCAGCUCCAACCAAGAAAACUCCCACAACAAAAUGGUGGCUGCAUCGUCUGGUUCUACUGUUUGGCUGUGGGUUGUCGGGGACGAUGGAGAAAGCAGACAGAUAGGUGUGUUUGAUCUGCAUGUGUCCGUAGACAACUUGUUCUUCAUUGGGAACCAGCUGGUGGCUCUGAGCCGUACAGGAAGAGUGGGAGUCUGGCAUUCCAUGACACAACACUGGCAGCUUCAGGAUGUGGUGCCCAUCACAAGUUAUGACAUGGCUGGAUCCUUCCUACUUUUGGGCUGUCAGGACGGAUCCAUCUAUUACAUAGACAUGCAGAAGUUUCCCCUGCGCAUGAAGGACAACGAUCUGCUGGUGACCAAGCUGUACACCGACCCAGCCUCCGACAUGGUCACUGCCCUCAGUGUCUACUUGACUCCAAAGACAAGUUUGAGUGGUAACUGGAUAGAGAUCGCUUAUGGGACAAGCUCAGGAACUGUUAGGGUGAUAGUUCAACACCCAGAGACAGUGGGUCAUGGGCCUCAGCUGUUCCAGACAUUCACUGUCCAUCGCAGCCCAGUCACCAAAGUCAUGCUGUCUGAGAAGCAUCUGGUAUCAGUUUGUGCUGAGUACAACCAUGUGAGGACCUGGAUUGUGACCAGGUUUCGAGGCAUGAUCUCUACACAGCCUGGUUCCACACCGCUUGCCUCAUUCAAGAUCGUGUCCCUGGAUGAUGUGGAUCCACUUGUUAGUUAUGCCGCUGGUAAUGAUUUUGGUCCUUUUGGGGAGCAGGAUGACCAGCAACUGUUUGUGCAGAAAGUUGUCUCCAACACUGACCAGCUGUUUAUCAGACAGAGCUCCAGUGGACACAGAAUCUGUGUGAUACGUUCCGUAGAUGGCAGCACAAUAAGCUCUUUCUGCGUCCAUGAAUGUGAGGGCUCCAACAGAAUGGGAUCCUGCCCACGGAGGUAUCUAUUCACUGGACAUGCUAACGGCAGCAUUCAGAUGUGGGACCUGACAACAGCUCUAGACCUGUACAAGCAAGUUGAUAAAAAUAAACAGAUGACCCAGGCAGGUCCCACAGCGGCCGAACUUGUCAGGCUGUUGGAGCAGGUGGACCUUAGCGCCUCCAGGUGCUCGACUCCUUGUGUUAGCCCCUCCCCUUCAGUCCUGGUGGGUCCAGGUAACUUAACUCUCUGCGCUGGCAUAUCCAGCGAGAACAUGAGCCAUCUCAUGAGGAGGUCUGUGGCCAGCAACUGUGAUAGUUCUGAAGAGGAUUUGGAUACAACAUUGAAGAUGAUUGACCAAGAAGGUGAGGAGGAGCAGAUGGAAGAGGCUGGCCAGGCUCUGAGGUCUGCAACAGGGACUGGUCAGUCUAGCGGAGAGUCCAGGCAACCACAGAAGGACAGUUACUGGGUGUGA